UUUGAUUCGACAAAAUGUAAUCUAAUCUGGAACUUUGUAUAAUUUGCACGGUGGUAGUUAAAAGUUAGCGGUCGGCAGUGGGCAUAAAACCAUGACCAUUUCUUGUUUCAUGUUCAUUGGAAUUUAUGUGUCUGUCUCUUUCUUCACAACCUCAAAUGCAGCUGAUGCCAUAACACAAUCCCAAACCCUUAGAGAUGGCAAAACCUUGGUUUCCAAACAUGGCAGCUUUCAGUUGGGUUUUUUCAGUCCGACAGCUGGUGACACCAAGAACCGCUUCUUGGGGAUUUGGUGCAAGAAUUCAUCAGUCUCGUCAGCCACAACUGUUACUUGGGUUGCAAAUCAGCACAACCCCAUCAAUGGUUCAUCAGGCCUUCUGAUGAUCAACAGCUCCGGAAAUGUUGUCCUUCUAAGUCAAAAUAGCACUGUUGUUUGGUCAAUAGCUUUGUCCAAGCAACCCCAGAAUCCGAUUUUGCAGCUCUUGGAUUCUGGCAAUCUUGUCCUAAGAGAACCCCGAGAUGGGAAUUCAAGGAACUACUUGUGGCAAAGCUUGCAGUGGGACGAGAAGGCCGGUCUUUACCGGAGUCUAUUGGCUUCGAGUUCAAGUGACGUCUGUGACAAUUAUGGCCGUUGUGGCCCCUAUGGGAUGUGUGACAUUAGCAACUCAGAAGUUUGCAGCUGUUUAAAAGGGUUUCAACCCAAAGAUCCUGGAAAUUGGAACUAUGCAGACAACUCCGGAGGUUGUGAGCGUAUUACACCAUUCGUGUGCCAAAAUGGAGAUGGGUUUAAGAAAUAUGGUGGGGUGAAGCUGCCAGAUACAACACAUUCUUGGGUCAACCAAAGUAUGAGCCUCAAAGAAUGCAGGGCAAGUUGCUUGAACAACUGUUCUUGUACGGCUUAUGCAAUCUCUAAUGUCAAAGGGGUCAGUAGCUGCACUAAAUGGUUUGGUGAUCUUAUCAGCCUUAGGAAGCUUCUUGAUGAAGGGCAGGAUCUAUAUGUUCGAAUGCCUGCUUCGGAAUCAGACACAGACCGUCCGCGUAAGACGAAGAUAAUAGUGAUAGCUGUAGCCGCAGUAUCCAUUGUUUCCGGGGCGUUCUUAGCUGUCUAUUGUAUUCACAGAAGGAGGAGAAAGCGCAAAGAGAAACUGCGGAAUGAUGGAAUGAUGGGUCAGAACAAUGAAGGACAGAAGGAAGACCUGGAGCUACCAUCCUUUAGCUUGCCAACAUUAAUCACAGCCACUGAUAACUUUUCGUUCAACAUGAAGCUUGGAGAAGGUGGUUUUGGAUCCGUGUACAAGGGUAGACUAGUAGAUGGGCAAGAGAUUGCGGUGAAGAGGCUCUCCCAAAGUUCUAGGCAAGGAAUCGCUGAAUUCAAAAAUGAAGUUAUACUAAUAGCCAAGCUUCAGCACCGAAAUCUUGUAAAGCUUCUUGGCUACUGCAUUCAGGGAGAAGAAAGAUUGCUCAUUUAUGAAUAUAUGCCCAACAAAAGCUUGGACUCCUACAUUUUUGAUCAAACUCAAGGUAGACUGUUAGAUUGGUCUCAACGCUUCCACAUUAUCUGUGGGAUUGCAAGGGGUCUUCUCUAUCUGCAUCAAGAUUCCAGACUGAGGAUUAUUCAUAGGGAUCUUAAAGCAAGCAAUGUGUUACUUGAUAAAGAGAUGAACCCAAAAAUCUCAGACUUUGGCAUGGCUAGAAUAUUUGGAGGAGAUCAGACUGAAGGAGUUACAAAGAAAGUUGUUGGAACCUAUGGUUAUAUGGCACCAGAAUACGCCAUUGAUGGUCAAUUCUCCGUAAAAUCCGAUGUUUUUAGCUUUGGUGUUUUAUUGUUGGAGACACUAAGUGGAAAGAGAAGUAGAGGGUUUUAUGAUCGAAAUCACAACCUCAACCUCAUUGGACAUGCAUGGCGAUUAUGGAAAGAGGGAAGGUCCUUAGAAAUGAUUGAUAAAUGCUUAAGUGAUUCAUGCACUCUCUCGGAAGUCUUGCGUUGCGUACAUGUUAGUCUUUUAUGUGUGCAACAGCUUCCUGAAGACAGGCCAACCAUGUCUACUGUGGUUCUGAUGUUAGGUGGUGAGAGCGACUUGCCUCAACCCAAAAAGCCAGCUUUCUUUUUAGGAAAACAUCCAUCCUCUGAAGCAGGUUCUUCUUCAAGUAAGAACCAAACGUCUUCGACUUUCGGUGUGAGAAACGAAACAUCUUCAACUAAUGAAUCUUCGAUAACAGUGUUGUUGCCUCGAUAAGAUUCGCUAAUUGUACAUCUAGUACCAUGCUAAUUUUGUUUGAUCUGAAGGAACUAUCUGAUUUAUACAAGGUAUUAUUCAAUUCAUAUACUCAUUUUGUACUCCAUAAGUAUAAGCAAAGAAUUUGAACUCAAAGUAACAAUGUAACCAGAUGUUCAAACAGGCAGCCUGAUUUUUUGUUGACAGACAGCUUCAAGAUAGAAAGAUGGGAAUUCAGGGAACUAUUUGUGACAGAGCUUUGACUAUCCUUCUGAUACAUUUUUACCAGGAAAUUGAAUGAAGCUUGGCAGCUGGAGCUUAAAAAGACAGGUCUUGACUCUUGACCAAUUACUUCCUUGAGCUGUACACAAGAAAUGUGGCAAACUCAAACUUGAAAUGUCUUUGCUUUGCUUCGGUGCCAAGAAUGCUAUGACCAUUAUGGCCCUUUAGGUGCAUUUGGAAAUUGUAUCAUGGGCUUCUUCAAGCAUGUACCCAAACAUUUCUUUUGUUUUGUUUUCUGUUUUUUUGUUUUUGUUUUAAUUUGUCACAAUGUAGUUUGUUUUGAUUAGUAUUUGAUUUUAUUCCCA